UCCGCGGACUGUUCGGAGUUCGGAAGUCCGGAAGUGACCGCUCUUUCUUCUGCCGCCACAAGACACAACAACAGCAACGACUUCCUUACUUUUCUUCCAUCUCUCCCGUCUACAACUAGCUUGUUUUUACAUGUAGUAAGUUGUACAUCAUGACCACCAGCAACGGCAACGGCAACGGCAAUGGCAAUACAACCACUACUAAAAGUACAGUUCCACCCGCUGCUACCGGUAGUAGUGAUAUUUUUACAUGGCAACGAAUGCUGGCGUUGUUUGCCGUCUUCAUGGCCUACCUGCAAAUCAAACGGGUUUAUCCAACACUCUCGGAGAUAUCCAAUGGACUCUACACAGAAGACAGCAAAAGGAUCAGCAAUAGCAAUAAUCAUACAAUUAGAAUACCUGCUGCCAGAGAUAAUGAUCAUUCGACAACAAACCACAGUACAGAGACCAGAAUCGCCGAUUCAAAGAAACAACAAGACAGAUGGACCAUCAUUGUAGAUGACCCUUUAGCUGGCACCGCCGGUGAUACCACAGCAAAAUCAUCAUCAACAUCGUCAGCAGCAACAGAAACUUCAGACACAUCGACACAAGUGGCGGCAACACCAGUCACACCAGUGCCCAUUGUCACUACGGAGAAAACGGAAGUUACCACAAUACCAGAAUUAAAAACUGAUACCCCUUCAAUUACUAAUUCCGCUUCAGGGAAAGAAGACACUGAAAAUCCUAAUACCCCACAACCUACACAACCAAUUCCACAACCUAUUAUUGCCCCCAUGGAUCCGAGUGUGUUUUCUGGAUACCUACAAUACAUGUCCAUCUCCGGAUGGUCCAACCAAGUGGUAUGCAUGCAACAUGCCUAUUCGAUUGCCAAGGCAACCAAUCGGACACUUGUCACAGCCCCGGUUCUUCCACACUUUUUUCAUAAUGGGGCUUCCUUUAAGGAUGGAGGACAGUACAGUCAUACCUACAGACUCGAUUCCAGACUACUAGAAAAGGCAUACCUACGAAAACUCAAAAGCCACGACUACCUUGAACUGGAAACUGUGUUGGACCUGGAAUAUACAUUUGCGGGAGUCCCCACGGUUGAUUUUCGACACUUUACCGACAAGCUCUACGAUAAAGGUCAAAUGAAACAGUGGAUCAUCGAAAGUGAAUUUUCACGCUACAAUACACUCUUCACCAAGAAUCGACCAGAUCUCGAAGAAACCACAACAUUAGGCAAGGAUAAUGUGGUCCAAGUCCUUCAUGAUUGGACCCAAAUUGCACACAAUCGUUCUUCCUCUGCCCUUUGGACCUUGUUGGAUUCCUAUAGCAUCAAAUUUCAUUCCAGUGUCACAGAAAAUGACCCUCCCUUUCGUGUUCGAUUCAGUCAUCUCAUUCGUCAGACAGCCAAAAACAUUCACCAACAAGUAUGGGGGAAUCUGCCCUAUGCAUCCAUGCAUGUUCGUGUCGGAGACGGACAUUUUGCCAAACAAAUUCGGAACAAAUGGAAUACCAUCAGUGAUGCCAAUGCCGGAUUCAUGCAAGAAUGGUUACAACAGCAGCAGCAGCAACCAGCACCUUCCAAAAUUGGUCUCUUUGUUGCCACUGAUAUGGACGCCGAACAGCAAGUGGACUUCUCCAAAAUCAUUCAUUCCAAAAUGCCACAAAACCUGACAGUGGAUAUCUGGUACAGCAACAUGUUUGCCAACUACACCAGCUCCUUGCAAUCCACUUUAGUGUAUCCCGGUAUUUUUCUGGAUCAGCAGUUGGCAGCAUGUGCCAGUAUUGGGUUUACACCAUCAUUACGAUCGACCUUUUCCAAAUUGAUUGACUUGGUGCGACAGUCGCCGGGGUCUUGUGACUUGUAACUAACUAUAGAGAGAAUGCAGAAAAUGACAUAACAAUGAUCCCUGUAGUAAAACACAGGCACAACGAGUAGUCGUUCUGGGAGCACAAACUCUCGCACAAACUCUCGCACACUCUUUUGGACUGGCCAGAUGUAGAUCACUCGUCAGAACUGGUGCCUUAUAUUAGCAGAACGACUCGACUCGACUCGUACGCUUCAAACUGACUGCGCUCCAAUUAAGCCGAAUUCAAUAGAGGGAUAAAAACGAUGUUCUCAUGGAAUGGU